AUGAGGGAAAGCAUGAAGUUGGCAUCUUUUUUCUGGAAAGAGAUGUCAAGUGAACGCAAAAAUUAUUUCUUAAAGUUUGCGUAUAGUAACACAAAUAAUGGCUACGUCUUUUCACUUGACAAUUGGGUUUCCGAUUCUCAUUCAAUUAACGUCCCUUACCCACAGACUGUGACAUCUUCUGUCCCGUUCACCGAAUACGUUCCACUCACAGAGUCUUCACCAUUCCUUAAAUUUUUAUCAGAUAAUUCUUCUGAACCAUUAAAUUACCACAAAUUCGCCGAACUUUCAUCUUUGACGCCAUCCGAACACGACACAUAUACGCCUGAAUGUUCUCAAUCCACACUAAAUGGAUUUGUCGAUUCUACGCCGAUCGGAUUGACCCCGACAUUUCUAGAAUUCGAAUCUCUCGAAAUUCCCUUGCAAGAAGAACUCAUACUUUCCGAGCCCGAUGAAUUUUUAUCGUCUGUGCGCAUAAAGUCUGAUCUUGCACUACUCUCAUCUUCGGAAUUCACACAAUCCACACUAUUCUCCGAACUUGGUUCAUCAACACCAUCACCUUUCGUAUUUUCUGAUUUUGAACAUAUAGAAUUCGACUUCCAAUAA